AUGGUGCAACACCUUAUUAGAGAUGGUUAUCUGAGGCAGUUCGUCCGACACCCAGCCCAGGCAACGGUAGCGCCCGAUGCACCAGUUCAUCAGGUCCGGAUCGACAGAUCCACACAGUUUGUCAACACGAUUUCCCAUUCCGCCACUCAAGCAUACAAUCUGAAUCCUAGAAUCAUGUCAAGAAUCCACAAAAAAGAUCUUAAUGGGAAGGAAAUUUUCAGUGUAGCAAAAGCUUUGCCGAUGGAAUCCUGGAUGAUGCGUCCCAUAUUUUUCUCGGCUCAGGAUGUCCCGAUGAACGGCCAAGCUCACAGUGAUCCCUUGGUUAUCACCCUACUGAUUGAGGAAUGGGGGGUAAGAAGGAUUCUAGUAGAUAGUGGGAGCUCAGUCGAAGUACUCUUCUACGAUACAUUCAAAAGGAUGGAGUUGUCAGAUGAUAUACUUGUCCCAUCGACAUAUCGUAUCUAUGGUUUUAAUGGGACCGUAACCAUCCCAAAGGGCGAAGUAACUCUAAGGGUAUCGUAUGGAGGUGGUUACCUAGAUACUUUAACCACAUUCUGCGUGGUUGAUAUCGCCUCGCCCUAUGAAGCUAUAAUCGGAAGACCAUGGAUCACGGGAAUCAAAGGAGUGGCAUCGGCCUAUCAUCAAAGGCUACGAUUCCCAACAUACAAGGGGAUAACCGAGGUCGUAGGAGAUCCACAGGCAGCCCGACGGUGCAUGCAGGUCGAUGCCCAGAUAAAUGAGGAGCGGCGAGCACGACAAAGGAGAGAGAAGAAAAGGGCUAAAGAAGCAAAAGUCGCAGAAGAACUGGAAAGAGUUAUUUCGCAGGCGGUCAUGACUUACGAAGCACAAGGAAACGAGCCUUCAUAG